UGUGUGGUGCAAGUGAUUUGACAUAGAUUUGGACUAUGUGGGAUCUGUGUAUCGCAGUCCACGGGCCAGAACUAUGAACUUCAAUUCUCCACACAUUCACGUCUUUCUUCCGAAACAAAGCCUUAGAGAGAGCAACAAUGGUGGGUCGUGAAGGAUGAAGAGCAAGAAGAGUUGGUUAUGCACCUUCCAUGGCCUGUCAUUGUGCUCAUUAUGUCUUUAUACCAUCACCCCAGAGGUACAAUACGGACAAGACCAACCUUGUCUCCUCAAAGAGGCCAAUGACUUUUCUGCUUUCUUCCUUCGGCAACAAUAGAGAAUCAUAUAAUACCUUGGUUUCCGGGGCUGCUAGACUUCUGACUUCUCCAGUAAGAUUUGAAGCUUCAAAGCUGAAAGUUGUUGUCAUGGGAGAGCAGAUGAAUAAGUAUGCAGGGAUCAUCCCAAGAACGUAUAUUCUAUCUCAUUGUGACUUCACCGCUAACUUAACCUUAACUAUCUCCAAUGUCAUCAACCUUGAGCAGUUAAAAGGAUGGUACAGCAAGGAUGAUGUGGUUGCAGAAUGGAAAAAGGUCAAUGGUGAAAUGUGUCUGCAUGUUCAUUGCUUUGUGAGUGGUCCAAAUCUGUUGCUGGAACUAGCUGCGGAAUUUAGAUACCACAUAUUCUCAAAAGAACUGCCUUUGGUACUUAAAGCUGUACUACAUGGAGAUUCAAUGCUAUUUUCACAGCAUCCUGAGCUACUAGAUUGUUUGGUUCGUGUCUAUUUUCAUUCUAGUUUGCCCAAAUACAAUAGAAUGGAAUGUUGGGGACCUCUCAGAGACGCCGUAGAGGGAAGACAAGGGGACCGUAUUCAAAGAUUAUUAGCAGCAAGCAAAGAUGGAUCCCGGCCGGCCAACAAAUUGGGAAGCCCAAAAUCCAUCUUUCAAGCUCUUUUUGCCUUUCUUCUUUAAGAUCCAUUGCAUACACAAACAUAAUCUGAAAGUAAAAAAUUGUUCAAGACUCAAAGACUGCAACUACCAGGUGCCAGAGGCUGAAUAGGAAUCAGCUUUGGUAGGUCAAACAUGAAACAUUUCUUAAGGAAGACACAAAAACCAAAAGCUUACUCUGCUCUUGAAUAAGAAUUGUUUGCGAGUCAUUUUAUUCUUUUAUUCAUUUUGAAAUAUUGACUCACAAUUCUUGUGCAACUAUGAGUUACUCUAUGGCUAAUGGUUAAUUGCUUUGUA